UAGAUAGUGAUAGUGAUGAUCGUCGGCUCCUGUUACUCGCAACUCGCAAUGGCGCCAUUUUCUCGUCUCCUAGUCCUAGCGGCCCUUCUUCUCGUCGCUGCCACUGGAGAGGCCGAUGCUGGCGGCGGCAAGGCGAGCUACGACCGGGUCUUAUGCUUCGGCGACUCGCUCACCGACACCGGGAACUCGGCCAUCCUCCCGGCCACCGCCGGAGGGCCCUUCACCAACGCGCCUUACGGGCAAACGCACUUUAAACGCCCCAGCGCCAGCGGCCGGCUAGUCGACUCCACUGUGGAGUUGCUCAAGCUGCCGUACCUCGCCAGCAGGUCUGCAGACGACUUGCGGCGACGCUCGCUCACCGAUACCCGGAACGCGGCCGCCUCCGAGUUGAAAAGCCCCAGCGACCGAGCCUCCGACGGCCGCCUCGUCAUCGACUUCAUCGUGGAGUCCUUGGAGUUGCCGCAGCCAACACCGUACCUUGCCGGCAAGACUGCGAACGACUUCCAGAAGGGCGUGAAUUUCGCAGUGGGCGGCGCCACCGCGCUUGACAUGGCGUUCCUGAAGACCAAAGGGAUAAAAUCCUUCGUGCCGAUUUCUCUCAGCAACCAGACCACCUGGUUCAACGGUGUUUUGAAGCUUCUUGCCUCCAAACCUAACGAGCAGCGGAAGCUCAUGGCGAGCUCCCUCUUCUACAUCGGAGAGAUCGGAUUCAACGACUACUCCUUCGCCCUCAUGAACAACGUCAACGACACGGUGGGCCUAGCGGAGAGUUUGGUGCCGGACAUCAUCGAUGUCAUCCGUUCCGCCCUCAUCAACGUGAUUAAUGCUGGUGCCAAGAAAAUGGUGGUGACGGGGAUGAUACCCAUGGGAUGCGAGCCAGAGCUGCUCGCCCUGUUACCCAGCAGCGCCAGCGGCUACUACGACCUGGCGUCCGGCUGCAUCGCGCCGUUCAACCGACUCGCCCAGCUGCAUAACCGCGCGCUGAACCGCAUGCUCUCCAAGCUCCGGCGAGCCUACCCCCGCACGUCUAUCUACUACGGCGACCUGUACACCCCCAUCACCGCAAUCGUCGCCUCGCCCGCAACAUACGGUUUUGGGAGCAAGCCAUUGGCAGCGUGCUGCGGCGGCGGCGGUGGGCCGUACAAUUUCGACUUCACCUUCUUCUGCGGUACGCCACUGUCAAGCACCUGCGACGACCCGUCCAAAUCCGUUUCGUGGGACGGCAUCCAUUACACAGAGGCUACUCACAGCUUCGUUGCCGGUACCAUGCUAAGGGUGGGACUGUAAGCAUCAACGGCCAAAUAAUGUUUGGAUUCAGAUUCAGAGAGUACAAAGAGCAAUCUUGCAAUCAAGGAGUUUUUCACACGUCAGCAUGUAAAUGCUUGUACAUGGAUUUGUCCAUGACUGCAAAUUUUACGAUCAAGGUAUUCACUUUUUUUCUUUUUGGCGAAUAAGAUACUCAGUUGUUGCGGGAAACAUAGUGACUUGCUGAGGCUGCAGAAAGUCGUUAUAGUUUUUCUAUUAUCCAUGUAUGGUGAGAAAUUUCUCGAUGACGUCUUAUGAGUAAUAAAUUAAGUGCCCCUUUAUCAAAGAAAGAACGGGGAAAAAUAAA